AUGAUGCUGCUCCAGAAGACAAUUGAACAAGUGAUUCGUGAUCUUGCUGCAGAUUGCAUCUUCUCCGACAUGUUCUUCCCGUGGACUGUGGACCUUGCCGACGAGCUCAAUAUCACGAGACUGUUGAUUUACCCUUCGUGUUUCCUUUACCACUCCGUUUUCCACAGCUUGAAAGUUCAUAAACCUCAUGAGAAUGUGAAAUCUGAAUCAGAAAGCUUUGUGGUUCCCAAUUUACCCGAUAAAAUCACGAUGAAGAGGUCUCAGGUUUCAGACCAUUUCAAGUUCAAGAACCUAUGGGGCGAGAUGAUUGAAACGAUUCAACAAUCGGAGAAGCGAAGUUACGGAUUAGUCCACAAUACGUUUUACGAGAUCGAACCAGCUUAUGCCGAUCACAUGAAGAAGAUUAAAGGUACGAAAAUCUGGCAUAUUGGCCCUCUUUUUCAGUUUUUCAUUCGCGAGGGUUCGUCGGAGAAGAAACACAGUUGUCUGAGUUGGCUUGACGAUCAAAAACCGAAAUCGGUGAUAUUCGUUUGUUUUGGAAGUUUGGUGAAAUUCCUAGAAGCUCAGAUCACUGAAAUAGCAUUAGCGCUUGAAGAAGCUAAUCAGCCGUUUAUUUGGGUGGUGAGAAAAGGGGAAGAUGAAGUGAUUUGUGGGUUGCCGGCCGGAAGGUUUUGA